CAUUAAUCACCGCUUUAGGCUGAGGUGGGCAGAGGCGUCAGGCGAAGCAGCACAGCCACUCAUUAUUAUUAUUAUUUAUAUGGUAAUGAGGGUAUGACCUCGUGAAUGAUGGUUACGAUUUGGUCUACAUAAGGCGUUUCGGCUUGGGCAGAGUGUGUGUAGAGUUUCUCGGGGUCCUGACAACAUGGAUUUUUACCUGGUCUUCCUGAACAACGAAAACUAACACCAGUAAACCAGGUUCAGUAUCCAGACUUCUCAAGCACCACAGCUCUUCAGGGUCAAGCACAUCAGUGUUGUUCCUUCAGCAUUGAUACCCAAAUAUCGUCCUUUGUAUAGCAACUCCCCCACAUCUUGGUCACCAUCACUAGCCACCAAAUGAUACUUUGGUUUACCUGUGGGAACUUGGUCAGCAUCAACAGUUGUGUGUAAAGGAAGAGUAAGCAUCCAUUGUCGUUUUGGAAUUCAAGUGUUGAUGUGACCAGGUGAAUACAUUUGACUUCCUUCUGUGCAGUAGAUUUAUCUUGUGAUUUGUACUAAUCAAAAGAAAAAGUCUUGCAGAUCUUCAUGAUGGAUACCAAGGAGGUUCCUCCUUUAACUUCUGACAAAGUAUUUGCAAACGUUGAUGGCUUGAUAAAGCCUGUGGGUAGUAAAUCUGUGGAGGUGUUAUUUAAGUGUACCAAUUGCGAUGACACCUUUAAUUGUGAAGAAGGUCUUUCAAAGCAUAACAAAAUCCAUACUGGAGAAACAUAUCACUGUACAGAUUGUCAGAGGGAUUUCAGUAACCAGAAGAAUUUGAUACAUCACAUGAAGAUCCACUCUGGGGUGAGAUCAUUCCAGUGUACUGAGUGCCUUGGGUACUUCCCAUAUAAGAAGACUCUGGUAGAGCAUAUGAAAGUUCACAAGGAAAAAAAGCCAUAUCAAUGUACAUUUUGCCAAAAAUUAUUUACCCAAAAAGGAAGUCUAACUGUUCAUAUGAGGAUUCACUCAGGAGAAAAACCAUUUCAUUGUUCAAUUUGUUUUAGAUUCUUUAGCAACAAGAAGACUCUAAUACAACAUGUGAGGACCCACACGGGGGAAAAACCUUUCAAGUGUACAAUUUGCAAUAAAUUCUUCAGUCAGUUAGGGAGUCUGAAUGAACACAAGAGAGUUCAUACAGGAGAGAAACCUUUUCAUUGUCCAAUUUGCCUUAAGUCAUUUUCAAACAAGAGCAAUUUAAGAGUUCACAUCGGUGUUCAUACAAGAGUGAAGCCGUUCCAGUGUUUAACGUGCAAUAAAUCCUACAGACAUAAAGCUACCCUAAUGAAACAUGUGGAAUCCCAUAAAGGAGGUGGAUCACUUGCCAAUGGCACGAGCAUUCAAGAGUGUGGCAAGAUGAAUGGUUUAACUUUGUCCAUUUCCUCCCCAAAUGGUGGAAGUGGGAUCAUGACAACUAACUCAGGAGAGGGUAUGAUCGACUGUGGUAAAUUUGAUGUGAAGAGCGAACCUGUUGACAUUUUAGACUUCUUGGAGCUGAAACAAGAGACCCUUGAUAGCCCAGACUUAAUGAUGGUGAAAGAGAAGAAGUCUGACCUAAAACCUCACUUUAUGGAGGUAAAAUUUGAACCUAUUGACAGGUCACUCUUGGCAGAAGUUAAAAAAGAACCACUCGACAGUGUGGACGCGAUGGUAUGGAAAAGGAAAUCGAAUAUUUACAGCCAAGACCUGAUGAAUGUGAAAAAUGAAACCAAUGAUUCCCAAGGCUCCAUCUGUGACUCAGAAAUACUCAUGGUGACUCCCGAUGUCAUCAUGGCAGUGGAGAAAGAAAAUGAAGAGACUGAUGAUGAAUGAACAAGAAUUUUUGUAUCGUCCCGAUCACUGUAUUUAUUAUUAUUCACCUUCUGUAUCGUCUGUUGAGUAAUACACUGCCGCCUCGUUUAAUGCGGGGUUACGUUUUCAGAAAUUGCAGUGUAGAACGGACCCAUUAUAACAUGGGGGGGGGGAUAGAGGACGCAUCAGGUAGACCCCAAAAAUUCUACCCUCCACACCUAAACCAAAGUUCAAAGACAUUGUACAGCUCUAAAUUAGCUCACUAAUACAGCUAUAUUUACCAGAUUCACUUAAACAUGAUCUUGUGGAGGCAUUGGCAUGUCCAUGUAAUCAGUUCCCGAAAGUUUUACACUUCUAUCAUUUGCAGAAGCUGGCUGAGUUAUGCGUGGCCUCCCUCAAACCUCACCAUAGUAACCCGGCCUGGCUGGAAACUCUCCCCCUCCCGCUGGUGCACAAAGAAAUGUUUAUUCUUUUUAUGAUUUUGACCUAUGGAAGAUAAUUAUUUGUGAAUAUGUGUGCAAGAGAGAGAGAGGUGGGGAAGUGAUUAUGGCUAAGAGUAGAAAGUAAAGUUAUUUAGCGGCCAGUGUGGUGGUCAUCGUGUGCAUGCGAGGUGGUGCAGGUCAGCUGCUACCUGCCAGUCACUCCUCACACCACUCUUUGGCCAUAAGGUCUGAUGUGUUUGUUCAUACAGUGUAAAUAAAAAAGCAACUCGGAAUUUGCUUAGAGAACAUUAAGGCGGAGCCAUGGUGACGAAAGGAAUAAAAAAAACUAAAGUUAACCCAAGCGAAGUUUUUGUUUGAGGCUGGAUCAAGCAUUUGCAAAACUCUUGAGCCUACAUGGCAUGGGAUGCUACCCGUGGACUGUAAUGGACACGACUGCUGGCCCAUGCAAAACGUUUUCUACCUGACCACAUUCAACUUAAUUUUCCCAUGUUAGCCUGGCCCCAUGUAAGUAAUACCAGUUAGUAAUAAAAAACGUAUUUGAGCGAAUCUGCAUUGAAUAAACCCGCAUUAAGCGAGGGGGCAGUGUACAGUUUUUAAUUAUUAAGGAAUUUUGCUUGAAGUACGAAGCAAGUGUUAGAGAGAAAAACUUAGUUUCCUGAGGAAAAUGGACAGUAAUUACAGGUGUGUGGUAUUUUUUCUGUGUAUACAUUCAUGUGUAUACAUUCUUCAGUUAUCAGUUAAUUUUGGCACAGUAUGUGAAAUGUUAUUACCCCAGUAGGGUGUGUCAUAGGAGGGAAGAUCAGCUAAAACUAAUGGCCCAUCACUUUUUUGGUAGAUUUUAGUGUAUAUAAACAGAAAAUAAUUUCAG